UUAUUUUGGAAUGGGAUGACCGGAAGUUGAGUAUGGCGAUGUGGGUGCCGUUUUGACAAAAAAGGCUUUUAUUGUGAAAGACGUAUGGGAAGUGUAUUUUCCUUACGCGUGACUGCUUGAACCGGCGGCUCGCAGGUCCGGUUGGUUCACAGUUCAACAACCACACACAACACACAAUGAUACCAGCGCAGGGUUCAUGACAGCGGUGACCACGCUUUGACCAACAGUUCCGCCAGUUCGACCGACGCCAUGAAAACUUCAGAAAACCUUUCAUCGGUAGACGAACACGCUGCGCCUGCGCCCUGAACCGUCGGGGUUUUUUCUUCUUCCCCAGCGUGAGGUAUGGUGCCCUGCUUUUAAAGCCAGCAGCUGCUGCACAGAGCAGAGGCGCAGGCGAGGCGGAAUAUCACGGCGAUCCGCACGGACGAGACACGCCGACAGUCCCCGGGUCGUGGAUCAAUCUGGGGCUGAAACCGAGUAACGCGCUGUCAUUUCUUUUGACGCGCUCCGCGCACGGGACGAGUCGGGUUUUUUUUUUUUCAUGUGGAAGACGCUUUCUCCCGUGAAUUCUGAAUGAGCUCCCACAGCCUGGUCCACGUAGUGAGAUGAUCUAUAUCUGUGAUGGCGAAGGGUCUGUUUCCACGGGCCUGGGUGAAAAAGUCUUUCUAUUUCCAGUUUGUUGGGUCCUUGACAUCUCAGCUGCAGACAGGGAGACACAAACUGAAGAGGACAGUCAGCUCUGCCCUGAGGAGUUCUGCGGACUCCAUACAGGCUCGGAUCUCCUUUGUGCGGGUGAAGUACCUGUUCCUCACAUGGCUGACUGUGCUGGUGGGGAGUUGGGUGCUCUAUGUGCAAUACUCGGCAUACACAGAGCUGUGCAGAGGACACGAGUGCAAGAACGCCAUUUGUGAUAAAUACAGGAAGGGAAUCAUCGAUGGCUCUGCCUGCAGUGGUCUGUGUGACAAAGAAACCCUCUAUUUGGGCAGGUGUCUGUCAAUACUGCCAAACAACCAGGUAUACACAGGAAGCUGGGGAGACCACGACGGCAUCAUCCGCUGUAAGCUCGGGGAGGUUGUGCACUACGAGCUGGGCGAGGAGCCCGAGCCUCGGAGGGAGACCCCUGUGUUCGACAAGCCCACUAAAGGCACAUCUGUGGAGAAGUUCAAAGAAAUGGUCUUUAAUCACCUCAAGUCUAAGCUUGGGGAGCAGGGAAACCUCGCCAGCCUCGUUAGCCAGAUCCUGUCGGUCACCGAUGGCAACAGAGAUGGACGGGUGUCGUUGCCAGAAGCCCGCUCCACGUGGGCCCUCCUGCAGAUGGACGAGGUGCUGCUGGGCCUGCUACUCCAGGACCGUGGACACACUCCUCGCCUCCUCGGCUUCUGCGGGGACCUGUACAUGACAGAGCGAGUCCCCUACGGGCCCCUGUACGGUUUGUCCCUACCCUGGCCGUUUGUGUCCUGGGUACCAAGCGGUUUGCAGCGCACCAUGGACCAGUGGUUCACCCCUUCUUGGCCUCGCAAAGCCAAGAUCUCCAUGGGUCUGCUGGAGCUGGUGGAGGACAUCUUCCACGGCACCUAUGGCAGCUUCCUCAUCUGUGACCUCAACGCGGCACACUUCGGUUACACCGACCGCCACGAGCUCCGGCUCACCAACACCGGAGCAGUUGUCCCCGAAGACGAGUUCAGACGCACCAUGCGCGUACUGAAGUGUGAGACGGAUGCUGACUGCGUGUAUGGGGUGGACUGCCGGACAUCAUGUGACGUGUCGGAGAAACGGUGCAGGGAGGAGCCCGUCCAGCCAAACUUGGCGAAAGCGUGUGGCGCGCUGAAGGACUACAUCCUGCGCGGGGCGCCAUCAGUGAUGAGGGAGGAACUGGAGAGGCAGUUGUAUGCCUGUAUGGCGCUCAAGGGUAAUGCUGGACAGAUGAACAUGGAGCACUCGCUCAUCCUCAACAAUCUGAAAGCGCUGCUGUGGAAACAGAUCUCGCACACGAAGGACUCCUGACAUGGAGAAAUCUUUAUGAGAUCCUACCAGUCAAGUUUCUCACAUAAGGCUGAGUAUUAAAGAUGCUGUGAUGUAGAAGCUGUAAAUUUAAUUUUAGUCAUUUUUAUCAACUCUUAACACUUAAGAAUAAACUGACUGGAUGGAGACGUUACCUUCUCUAUCCCAGUUCCAGUUAAGUUUCGGGGCCUGGAAACACACAUUCCAGUACAAUGGAUUUAAAUUAACUUAACGAUAGCAUGUUGCCACCAGUCACUCUCACACACAGCCACAUCUCUUUGUAUUGUAUUGUUCACCACCGUGGAAUGUUGCUGAGGAAUUGCUGGACGAACAGAAUGAUUUUACUGUUAGACUCAAGAGCUGAGAGACUAAAUGUUUCAAAUGUGUGGGUGAACGUGGUUCAUCAAUUAAUUGUUUAUUCCAUUUAGGAAAACGAGGAUUACAAAGUCAGUGAUUGUUGCACAACAGUUCUAAUUCGAAGGGUAUUGGAAUUGCACUAUAUUAAGAUAUGCUCCUUGAUUUGGUCAAGAACAGUGUUAUUCUGUAGUUUUAACAAUCCAACAAAAAAGACCAACCCCAACAGUGUUAGUGUUCCAAUAUGAUUUUACUACGCUCUGCACCACUCCGCCUCAAGCCUAUCGGUGCCCUUUACAGUGGAUUAUUUGACAGUAAGAAAAGUAGAUGUGACCUAACAGGAUGCUGACUAAUCAAAAUCCUCCAAAGGACUCAGUGGCUCUUCUUCUGGUUGUCACUCACCUGUAUGAUAUCAUUGCUCAUGAGCUCCCAAGUGGACGACGUGAUGGUAUUUGUCAGUACUGCAGAAGGUUCACACUGUCGCUGUGCUUCAUUACGCUGAAAGUUUCCACCUGUGUAACCCAUGUGACAUCACCGAUGCUGCAUUAAUGACACCAAGAGAAAAACACUAGUGCAUUUUAUUUGUUUUGUGAAUGUUGAUCUACAUGUACUUUUCAGCGAAAAGAGUAUUCUUGUGGUAAUGUACUGUAUCACCUUAUUUUUUGGGAUUUCAUCCGUCACAGUGCCAGAGAUCAUGCUGAACUCAUCUAAUCGAAUGUUUACCACCGGUGAAGGUGGAGAUCCUUUAUUGAACCACAUGUCACAUCUGAAUGCUGUAUUAAAAAAAGAUAUAUAUUUUCUCCAUGGUCCGUUCCAGACAUGAAGAAACUGACCGUUUUGGAAGUUGACCUUGUACCACAUACCAGAACAGACAGGACCUGUAAAGCAUGUUUAUCCUGAGGUCAGUGCUGCUGUGAGUCUUGAAAUGUAAAAAGAAAAAGUUUACUUAUUUUAGAAACCAGCAUGACUUGCACAAUUAAACUCCAUACCACUUCACUGUAAUAAGUCAAACGUGUUCAGGUCUGUGAUUAACUCCACACUGCAGUCCGCUCAUACUGUGUUGGAUAUUGACACUGUAAAUAUUAGUCAUGGGUGUAACAACUUGUUCCCUUAAAGUACACAAAACUCAUUCAUAGCAUUAUGGACUGAGCCAGACACAGGCAUGAGUUUGAAAUAAAUUUUAUUUGUGUG